AUGCCCUUCCACCUCUGUCCCAGCCCCGUCACCUCUGUCCCAGCCCCAUGCCCCUCCACCUCUGUCCCAGCCCCAUGCCCCUCCACCUCUGUCCCAGAGAGGGGCCCCUCAGCUGGGUCCAAGCGGGACAUUGUGAUCCAGCUGACUGGGACGGAGGGAGAGUGGGACAGUCUGGACGACAGCCAGCUCAUCUUUUCCUUGGACCCGGAUCAGGACCAAGAUUACCCCUCCAUCUCCCUGUCCAGGGACUACCACCUCUACCAGGAGGAGGAGCGGACAAAGGUGGACCGUGGCCACCUGCACUCCCCGGCCUUCCACGUUCCCCUCUCCCCCUCCUCCCCGGGCUCCCUGGGAGAGUGUCUCAGCUCCUCGCCGGCCCCCAGCCUCCUGACCCCCAGCCCAAACCCAGCCUCCUCUCCCCGGCCCCUGGCCAGCCUGGUCAAGUCCCUGUCCACGGAGCUGGAACUCAAGGAGGGCUCCUCGCUGCGGCCCCGGCCCCUCAUAAGCCUGGUCAAGUCCAUCUCCACCGAGCUCUCCCGCUCCGAGCCUGAAGUGUCCCAGUCCAGGUCGGACUCGCGCCUCAACCUCCACCUGUGGAAGCAGCUGACCCAGCCGAAAGGUCGCAGCAACGGGGACUCGCGGACCGCGCCCCCCUCUCCCAGCUGCCUUUCACCCGUAGAGACGCCCAAGGGCGGCUUCUUCAAGAUGGAGCUGGAGGACACCAAGAGGAAGCUGACGGAGGCCAUGCAGGAGCCCCUCAACAUGUUCACCAAGAUCAUGAAGGAGGAGAGCUCCGGCAGCCCCAAGCACCAGAGGGCCCAGGGAAGCCAGGGGCCCCCCCUGGCCGGCUCCCCCAUUUCCAGAGGUGUCUAUGGGGCAGCAGGGUGGGACACCGGUGGGGGGGAGGUGGCGGUCACCGAGCCUCUGUUGAAGAGCUCCAGGAGUACAGACGCCGACUCGCCCACUGCGACUGAUUGUCCUCGCAGCCGAUUCCCGAGGCGAAGCCACCACAGGACUUGCUCCGCCCACGCCAAAACAUCAGACCGCGGGGAAGACCUGGAGAUCUGCACGUACGAUGACAUCAUACAGGUCGUCGCCGUCGAUCACCGCGAUCCUGGGCGACCGAGGAGAUGGCCUCAGACUCUCAUCCCCUCAGGACCCAGUGUCCGCCUCACACCUCCACCUCCUCCUGUGGCCCUGCCUCGUAUGGGGCUGUUCUGUGUGGCCGUGUUGUCCUACGCCUACCUCACGCUUCCCAUCAGCUCCUAUCUGUCUGGCCUGGCGCUGGGCCUGGCCCUGGGCUUCCUGCUGGGCUUGCUGCUCAUCAAGCUGGGCUCCUCCAGAACCUCUAGGACCUGUGGGCCUCCUCUCCCCCACAAAGGGCUCCUUACCCUGGGGGAGAGCACUGAGGCUGACCCCUUCAGUACGGAGCCUUGUGUUCUCAAGGGCUGGAUGAACGAGGUGAGUGAGUACGACCCAGAGACGCACCACCCGUGCCUGAGCCAGUCUGUCUGGGCGAGUGUGGAGGGGGGGUGUCUGAGCCUGUCCUACCCCAGGACCAGCAUCCCUCGCCGGGCAGCGUACGACGAGAGGCUGCCGGAGGCCUCCUUCACCAGGACACAGUUCUACCAGCUGGCACACUGCAAGGUGUUCCUACUGCCUUCCCCACUGGCCCGCAAGAGGCUUUGGAACCCUAAAUACCCCAUCUGCCUCCAGCUCGGGGAGGGACCGACGAAAGAGGAGGCGGGGGCAGGGAUGGGGGCGGGGGUGGGGGCGGAGGAGCCCCCUGUGGAGGAGACCGAGCCCAGACCGGCCUCCGACCUCCCCGCCACCCUCUACCUCUUCGGUCGCACAGGAAGAGAGAAGGAGGAAUGGUUUCACCGCUUCUCCUCCGCAUCCAUGGUUACGCAGAAGGAGACCCCUGGGAGAUGUGCAGUUCGAUCUGCUGUAUCAGUGGCUGGCAGUGCCAGUCCCCCAGGAGACACCCCAGGCAGCAUGGGGUGCAGCAGGCUAGGCAGCACCGAGGAGGAGGCCUCCCUGGCUCCCACCAUCCCUACGCUCCCCCAGACCCAGACCUCCAGGAGCAUCAGGGGGCCUCCUUUGCUCGAUUACCCCAGCUACAUGGCUCGACUCCUGGCUGUGGAGCAGCCUAGCCCACUGGCCAGCCCUGGAAGUACCAGCCCAGAGGCCAGCCCCACAGCCACCGCUGAAGAGAAGUGCACCUGCGAUCUCUCUGAUUUCCCAGAGGCGGGCCAAACCGAGUGGGUCAAUGCGCUGAUUGGUCGAAUGUUCUGGGACUUUCUGCGGGAGAAGUACUGGGCCGACCUCGUCUCCCACAAGAUCCAGAAAAAGCUGAGCAAGAUCCGACUGCCUUAUUUCAUGAAUGAGCUGACUCUGACAGAGCUGGACAUGGGAUCCUGUUUGCCUCAAGUGAAUCGAACCUCCAGACCAGUGGUCAACCAGAGAGGCCUUUGGCUGGAGCUGGAUGUAGUGUACACAGGGGCCCUCCAAAUGACCCUGCAGACCAAGUUCAACCUGUCCAGACUGGGCAGGGAGGGCAGGGAGGGGGGUCUGGACACGGACAGUCUGGCUGAGACCAGCAGCACAGGGUCUCGAUCCGUCCUUGCUACGCUGGCCGACAGUGACGAGGAGUCGUCCAGCGCUGGUUCCUCCGACGAGGAGGAGCUGCCGCUCUCCGAGCCCCAAGGCAUUGUGGGAGAAAAAGGGACGCCACUUGGAGCCGAGGGCGUGGCUGCGGGCGGAGGUAAGACAGGAAGGAGGCUGCUCAAGUUUGUGGACAAGAUCGCCAAGUCCAAGUACUUCCAGAAGGCAACAGAGAACGAGUUCAUCAAGAAGAAGAUCGAGGAGAUGUCUAACACGCCGCUGCUGCUGGCCGUGGAGGUGCAGGAGCUGUCUGGCCCCCUUGUGGUAAACAUACCACCCCCACCGACCGACAGGAUAUGGUACAGCUUCAGUGAGCCUCCCAAGCUGGACCUGCGCGUGCGGCCCAAGCUUGGGGAGCGGGAGGUGACCUUCUGUCAUGUGACCGAGUGGAUCGAGAGGAAGCUGCAGGAGGAGUUCCAGAAAGUAUUUGUGUUGCCCAACAUGGACGACAUCUGCCUUCCUCUGAUGCAUUCUGGGAUGGAUAGUCCUCCUGGAUAUCAGUGCAGCCCAGCUCCACCCUCACGUAGAUCCUCCCUGGACUCCAUAGAGAGAAUUCCUCCCCUACACCCAACUGACUAAAUAGUGCCUCCUGAUGGACUACCGACUCUAUAACAACACACACACAAAUUGAAAACUCCCACGUUUACAUGUGACAGACAGUACCGUGAUGUGUGUUAGCACGCUGCUUUGAUUGUUUACAGUUCGAUCUUAUUUUGAGAGUUCCAUAUUUAUUAUGACAGUAAAAAAAUAAAGCAAGAAUCAAGUCAUAUAUUGAAUGCCUUUUUAUUCAUGCAGACAAGAUUUUUGCCGUUUCCCAUCGUAGUGAUUGACAAAUGUCUCUUUCCUUCUAUAAAAAUGCAAAAAUAAACUAACCUCAAAACAGGUCAAUAAAUAUUUU